UGCCGUUUUUACCGACCGCUUCCGCGUUACCAUAGCAACGAGUCAACCUGCAGGUCGGAGCGGUUUAGCAGAGGAGCUAGCUGCUUCAAAUGUUCGGUUUCAGGGGACAGGUGAGCAGUGAGGAGGAGGAGCUUCAUCUUCACCUGCAGGCUGUCGAGCAUGACGUCCCACACAGCCCCUUCAGGUAAAGAAGCUGUGAAGGUAAAGAGGAGGAGUGGAAGCGUGGGGCGGAAGCAGACAGCAGACAUCGAGGAAUUUACAUUUUCUGGGCACAAAGCGCUGCAGGAGGGACGCCCACAGGAGGCGCUGGGGUGCUUCAGAGAUGCCCUGAAGGCCGCAGACCAGCUCCAGGACUCGCGGGUCCUGCGGGCCUGUUCCUUUAACCUUGGGGCUGCCUACGUGGAGGUAGGACGACCUCGGAAAGGUCUGGACUUCCUGCAGCGUGCUCAGCCCGGUCCCAAGGCCGACCGCCUCCCUGACCUCCAGUUCAACCUUGCCCUGGCCCAUGAUGCACUGGGGCAGAGCCGGAAGGCCGCCACCUACUUCCUGCAAGCUGCCCAGCUGUAUAGGUCACAAGGAGACGGCCGCAGCGAGGGGGACGCCUGCGUGGAGAUGAGCCGCUGUUACGGCAGGACACGGGACUGGACGCUGGCGGCUCAGGGUUACCUGCGAGCUGCAGAGAGUUACCGAGUGGCCAACAUGUUGGACUAUGCAGCCACCGCCCUGUCAGAAGCAGGAAGUCACAUGUUCCAAUCGGAUCAGUGCAACCAGGAUGACAUCAUCGGUGUACUGUCAGAGUGUCUGAGUUUGAUGGGCAGCAUUACAGACCCGAGGACUCUGGGUGAGCUGUACCUGUCGGUGGGCGUGUCUUACUGCCGGCUCAGGUCUUUCCAGGAGGCAGUGCAGUGUUUCCAGAAGGCUCUGAGCCCCACGGCUAAGUGGCCCCCCCUGCUGGCCAAAGUCUUGAACAACCUGGGAGCGGCGCUGAACUCCAUGGGCCAGUUCAGGUCCGCCGUGGACUACCACAGGCUGGCCGCUGGACUGUACGGCUCUCAGGGUUGCCGUGGCAACCAGGCUCGGUGUUUCAGUAACCUGGCGUUUGCCUUCAGUCGGAUCGGUGAGGAAGAGGAGGCUGCAGAGAGCUUCAUCCUCGCCCUGCAGGGAUUCAGAGACACAGGGGACUACCUGGCACAGGCUCAGGUGUGCGAGGCGCUGGCUGAGUGUUACCUGGUGCAGAGGAAGCAGCACAAAGCGGUUCAGCUCUACAAACAGGCUCUGAGCGCGCUCUCUCACUGCCAGGACAGCAGCGGCAUCCAGGACCAACUGGUGGAGCGACUGACUGCCACGCUGCAGCAGAGUCUGACCGUCGGUCCUCAGAAGCCCCACCCACCGGCACCACACAGCGUCAGGCCACAUCGACACAGCCUACCUAUUGGACCUCACGUCAGGAAGAGUGACAUCACAAACAGCCCGGGCACAGCAGCAAAUCAGCAACCAGAUGCUCCAGAACCUGACGCCCCAGGAUCUCAGCAGGAGGCCUCUGAAACACCUGAAUACAUGAGCACAGUACCUGGACAGAGCUCAGACCAGUUAGACAAGCGGCAGCACACGAUCUAUAUUUGGAGCUGCGCCUCCCCUUCGGGGACCUCCGAGCAUCUCCGUGAGCAAACAGCAGCAGAGUCUGAAAGCCUCCUGCUGAUUGGAUCAGAGAGAGCAGGCAGACCGAUGCAGGCGGGAGUUCUGUGUGAGUUGUGGUUGGACAGAGGGAACCCUCGCACUGACAGCAAUGCUUCGCUGGCUCAGGACAGUGAGACCCCGCCCAGCAGCCCAGGUGACAUCAGAGAGCAGUCGUCCCUCGUGUCCAGUUGGAGGUCUCAGUUUUGUUUGCUGAUGUAAGCUUGCACUGUCUCCUGAUUGGACAGUCGGUAAUCGGAGAGGACCUGUCAGCGUCACGUGGUCUCUGAAGUCCCUAGAGCUUCAGUCAGCUGAUGCUGGGGCAGCGUUGCCGUGGCUCAGACCGAGAAUCAGAGCUGAUCCGUCACAUUGUGCUGCUCACGCUGACCCGAGACUUUGACAACAGAAAACCUAAAAAAAAAUAAAAACACACAACCAUC